AUGUCAUUGUAUUUGCUGUGUUUGGCGCAGGCAUUGGUGGUGUGGACAGUGUCUGGUCCGUGGGGUGUGUGGUGUCGACCGCAGCCCGUCGUCGAUGACGACGACUUCUUCCCGGGUAUCAAACGAUACAAUGGGUUUGACUUCACUAUCAAACCCAUCCCUGAUAUGAGUUUGAGUCCCAUCACUGAGUUUACGCAACCGACGGUUGUGGUCACUGUCAGCCCUCCCAACCCAUUCACUCUCAACUAUAAUACGAUGACACCGAAAGAAACCGAUUUACAUAUCCCUCACAGAGAGUUUGAGUUAACUAUAAAGCCGUUUACUAUGGAUAUGAAAGGCUUGGCCUUUGAUAUCACUGUCACACCGGUUCCCAAAUGUUUGGAAAUGGAUUUGAAUAUGAAAAUUAAGAAUCGAGAACCGAAAGUGGCCGAUAAACCGAUGAGUGAGAAACCGAUAGCUGAAGACAAUGAGUCGUCGUUUGAUUUCAUUGUCACCGAGUCUUGUGAUGAACCGCAGACCACAACACAGGAAUGGACGCUAACAACCGCUCCAUUGGAUCACAAAUCAAAUAUGAAAACUGAAAUUAAAGAAGAGUUUGAAGACGAAGAGACACAAACAGAGUGUGAAGAAUCAGUGGUCGGUUCCCACAAAACGGCAUCAAAAACUAUAACAAUAAUCAACAAUAAAGUGAUGGAGACGUCGACUCUGUCCUCAAAAUCUAUGGCAACUGUGGCUCAAACUGGAGAUAUCAAAGAGUUUGAAGAGGAAGAGAUAACAACACAGUGUGAAUCAGUGGUCGGUUCCGACAAAACGGCAUCAAAAACUAUAACAAUAAAUAAUAAUCAUGUGAUGAAGCCAUCGAUUCUGCUCUCAAAAUCCAUGACAUCUACUAAACCACUGAUUGAGACGUCGAGUAAAACUUUAAAAUCUAUGGCAACUGUGGCUCAAACUGGAGAUAUCAAUGAGUUUGAAGAGGAAGAGACACAAUCACAGAGUGAAUCAGUGGUCGGUUCCGACAAAACGGCAUCAAAAACUAUAACAAACAAUAAUAAUCAAGUGAUGAAGACAUCGAUUCUGCCCUCAAAACCCAUGACAUCUACUAAACCACUGAUUGAGACGUCGAGUAAAACUUCAAAAUCGACGGCAACUGUGGCUCAAACUGGAGAUAUCAAUGAGUUUGAAGAAGAAGAGACACAAUCACAGAGUGGAUCAGCGGUCGGUUCCGACAAAACGGCAUCAAAAACUACAACAAACAAUAAUAAUCAAGUGAUGCAUACAUCGAGUAAAACAUCCAAAUCGAUGGCAACUAUGGCUGAAACUGAAGACAUCAAAGAAGAGUUUGAAGAAGAAGAGACGCAAUCACACGCAAAGAGUGAAUCCGUAGUUUUCGGACAAAACUUUAUCAAAAACUAA